CGCAGUCAAUAUCACCCAAAUUUUGAAAUGUGGAAAGUUUUGAUGUUUCCUGAAUGAUUGAAGGUCUUUAUCGUUUACGUUUUAUGGGAUAGAGAAAAAAUAUCAAGAUGUCGAAGGGGCAAGUGGAAUAUCGCACGCCUGUGUGCAUUAUGAAGGGUCUGGAAAAACAAUUUCAAAAAAUUGAAAGAGGAUCAUGGCAACACAAACCGAUUCCGCUGGAGCCCCAGAUGACUUUCUUCAACAACAAACCGACCUACAAAUGGAGCUCCGAAUACGACCACUUUUUCGCUUAUACUAAAAUAUUCCCGCUCUGGGAUCGGAGGAAAGCCAAGUGCAAUGGAGUGUACCUGCCAGACAUACACGAAAAUACGUUUCAACAGGAAAAGGAGAAACCAGUUCCUGUUUUAACUAGUAUGGUAUACGGUCGACCUUGUCGUCCAUUUUACGAUCUUCAAGAAAACUACCGAAGGCAGCAUGCUACUAGCGAUUUCUACAGACCCAGAGGUGUCAUGAGAGUGAUUGAAAAAGAGCUCCAAUAAUGAAAAAAGCACUGAUGUU